UCAAAAUAAAGUGCAAAAGUAUUUUGAAAACAUUGUGCGCUGUUGAAUGGUGGACGGGAAAACCCAAACUGCGAAAUUAAAUGCGAAAUUCCGCUUAUCAAGUGUUUGUUAAUUGUGUUUUAGCCGUUCGCAUUCUGCUUUAAAUUGUUCGGUUUAGUAAUCCGGUGAACUUCCCGACCUAGGGCUCCGGAUUUGAAUUCCUAUCGCGAAGAAAAGCAACAACAAAAACAACCAUGUCCGAAUCCUACGAUUAUCUCUUCAAAUUUCUCAUCAUCGGCCGAGCGGGAAGUGGAAAAUCAUGCCUGCUGCAUCACUUUAUCGAAAACAAAUUCAAGGAGGACAGCUCCCACACGAUUGGCGUCGAGUUUGGAUCCCGGAUCGUAAAUGUCGGUGGCAAGUCCAUCAAACUGCAGAUCUGGGACACGGCUGGUCAGGAACGGUUCCGGUCGGUUACACGGUCCUACUACCGAGGAGCAGCUGGUGCCCUGCUAGUGUACGAUACAACCUCCCGGGACAGUUUCAAUGUCCUCUCGAACUGGCUGAACGAUGCUCGAACGUUGGCCUCGCAGAACAUUUGCAUCCUAUUGGUGGGCAACAAGAAAGACAUGGAGGAGGAACGCGAAGUGACCUUCCUGGAGGCGAGCAACUUUGCCCAGGAGAAUGAGCUGAUCUUUUUGGAGACGAGUGCAAAAACCGGCGAAAACGUGGAGGAAGCAUUCUUGAAAUGCUCGAAAACUAUCCUCGCCAAGAUCGAGACUGGCGAACUUGAUCCGGAACGGAUUGGUAGUGGAAUUCAGUAUGGGGACACCUCAAAGCGAAGUGGAACGGGACUAACCGGAGGUCGACAGCAAAGCAGCGGAAGACGCCGAACACCGGACUGCGCCGGAGGUUGUCGCUCCUAAAGCGGACCAUAAGCGACUGCAUUUGGGUGCUCUGAAGAGAGUAUGCUUUUCUUUUUCAAUAACUUUCGUGUCUAUCGCGGACAUUCUUUGUAGAAAUUGGGUAGACUAUAACGUGACUCCGUUCGCAGCUGCAAAAUUAAGAAGAAAAUCCGAAAAAUCUAAUGGUGAUUGGGUUUACUAGAUAACUUAGAUGUAAAAUAGCGAACUGUAAAGCUAUCACUUUUUCCAACCUUGGAG